UUAUUUUUAAAAUUUCCAAACUUUUCUCAGACUAAAAUGUCAACGUCUGACAACCAUUUGCACAAAGAGGAGAAAGCAGAAAGCUCUGCUAUCAAGAAACAAUCUGGGAUUGAGAAUGAGGAGGAAGAAAAUGAGCCAGGAAAUUACAGCCUCGACCAGCUUGAAACUGAGAUCAGUAAACUAAGCAUUAAGGACUCACCUGACAGAAAAGAGAUCAAAGUCAAAUUUUUGAUCAAUGUUGUUGUGGGAGUGACACGGGAAAUGAGCACAAAUGCUGAAUCACAUUGUCAGAAGUUUCUUGAUCUUCUGAAAAGUCAAGCUUUCAAGAAAGAAGACAGAUUCCGUUAUGAGGACAUUGCUGUCGUUUUUGGCCUUAAUGGAAAAGAAUCAGAUGAAGAAAUUGUAAAAACUGAAUUGAGAAAAACUGUUGAAAGUGAAAUCACUUUUAAAAAAUGGGGCUUUAAAUGGCCAGAAAAGUACAAAAUCCCAUAUCGACUAAUAAGAGAAAAAAAUAAACGAUCAGAGCACACCAAGGAAUUAGUAAGAAACUUUAGGGAGAACUACCCUGAAGUUCAAAUCUAUUUCUGCUUUUUUGAUGCAGACACAGUUGAUUUUAAUGAGGUGUUGAGUUCUUACAUAGAUAUAAUCAUAGAGCACAACAACCCAACAGUGAUGUCAACUGGUUUUCUGUUCCCUAAAGACAGUAAGUUCAGAAUAAAGAGUGAACAUGACCGAGACGUGCGCAUAAUAACAGCUAAGCACUUUCCUCUGGGCACUUAUUACCCAGAGCCCAACUUCUGUGUGCUUCUACCUGAUGGACAUGACACUCUUCCUGAGCGUUUCACUAAUACAAAAUCUAGAGAAAUGAACAUGGAAUCUCCUGUUUUGAUAAGACAAGUUAAACGGCGACAGGGUUUCACUGCUGUGUUUGCAAAUAAAAACACAAUUAUUACACGUGAUUCAAGACAAAAACAUAGCCAUAGUAGUCCAAGGACGUGGGCAAUUAGUGCUUAUACACACGGAGAGCUUAAAAUCACUAACACAUGUAAAGAAGAAUUUAUGAAAAGCAGGACUAAUGCACUUGGUAUUUAUUACUUUGCUAUAUCUAUGUUACGGAAUCUUUUAAAGUCAGAAAAUGAGGCUCAGAGGAUAAAAAAUGGCAGACUUUUUGCAGGUGAUGGUGCAGAUAAAGUAAUCCAGGCAGCUAAAGCUGUUCGAGGGUAUCUAAGCAAAUUACAGGCAGAACAGAACCAUGAUGCAAAAGGUUCGGAAGAGACAGAAGAGCAAAAAGAGCCACAAGAACAAGAAGAGCCAGAAGAGAAAGAAGACCAAGAAGAGCCAGAAGAGCUAGAAGGGCAAAAAGAGCCAGAAGGGCAAGAAGAGCCAGAAGAGCAAGAAGAUCUAGAAGGGCAGGAAGAGCAAGAAGACCCAGAAGAUCUAGAAGGGCAGGAAGAGCAAGAAGAGCCAGAAGAGCAAGAAGACCCGGAAGAUCUAGAAGGGCAGGAAGAGCAAGAAGACCCAGAAGAUCUAGAAGGGCAGGAAGGGCAAGAAGAGCCAGAAGAUCAAGAAGACCCAGAAGAUCUAGAAGGGCAGGAAGAGCAAGAAGAGCCAGAAGAUCUAGAAGGGCAGGAAGAGCAAGAAGAGCCAGAAGAGCAAGAAGACCCAGAAGAUCUAGAAGGGCAGGAAGAGCAAGAAGACCCAGAAGAUCUAGAAGGGCAGGAAGAGAAGAGCAAGAAGACCCAGAAGAUCUAG